CUGGCGAACGCCAUCCAGUCCAAGAACAAUCUCGUCUUCGGCUUAUAUUAUUCCUUAUUUGAGUGGUUCAAUCCUCUCUACCGGCUGGACAAGAGCAACAACUUUACGACGGAUUUCUUUGUGAAGACGAAAACGAUGCCGGAGUUGUUCGAUCUGGUCAAUCGAUAUAAGCCUGAGGUGGUUUGGUCAGACGGCUAUGCGGCGGGACCAGCGGACUACUGGAAAAGCCGGGAGUUCCUCGCCUGGCUCUACAAUGACAGCCCAGUUAAGGACACGGUGGUCACCAACGACCGCUGGGGCAACGAUUGCGUCUGCAAGCACGGGGGAUACUUCACCUGCGAUAAUCGCUACAACCCCGGCGUCCUCCAGCCGCACAAGUGGGAAAACUGCAUGACGGUCGACCAAAACUCCUGGGGCUAUCGAAGGAACGCCAGUCUCUCAGACUUUCUUACGACUAAGAAGCUCAUCGCUACGCUCGUUGAGACGAUAAGUUGCGGCGGCAACAUCCUCAUCAACAUCGGACCAACGCACGACGGCAGAAUCGCGCCCAUUUUCCAGGAGAGGUUGGCUCAGCUCGGCAGCUGGCUCAGGUUGAACGGAGAAGCCGUCUACGGUUCCAAAGCGUGGAAGUGCCAGAACGACAGCCUCGCCAAAAAUGUCUGGUAUACUCAAGGGCAGCUGGACGACGGCACCAAAGCGGUCUACGUCUUCGUCCUUGAGUGGCCGCGGGGAAGUGAGCUCCGCCUGGGAUCUCUGCAUAUCAACGCGGACACAGAGAUAACCAUGCUGGGAGUGGAGUCGCAGACUGUUACUGUUGUCUCGUCCAGCGAAACGGAGCUGCGUCUGAAACUGCCGGCCCUCACGCCUGACCUGUUGCCGUCGGCCUGGGCCUGGGUUCUUAGGGUGACGGGAACCGCCGAUUGUAACGCUUAAAGAGUGUUACUCGGACGUUUCAAUGGACCUUUUUACGUCAAAACGACACGAUGCGGUGAAAGCUUGAACUAAAGUCGGCGUUUAAAAGGGGAGUAGUGUUUAGUCGCCUGCCCCCUCUGGGACUGAUUUGUUCCCAUCUUGCUUACAACUGUCGAAGAUGAGGCAGGAGUGGUAGCACAACUUUCCUUCCGGACGCCGAUCCUAGUUCGAGUUUUGGCCGAUACGUGAGGAGGACCUCCACAUGCGCAAAACUCUACUUGUAGAAGGUCCAUACUCCUACUCGAGGUGCCAGGCUUAUGAUCUCAAGCGUGUCAGUACUUUUCUUUUUUUAUUACUCUCUCUCUCUCUCUUUCUCUCUUGGACACACUUUUUGGUAGAGCAGUACCAUAUAAGCCAGUGCUGAUGCUUGUGGGUAAUUUGCGAUAUGACGUGAAUCUUUGCAUAAAUGUCUUUGUGGAGAA